CUCCGAACUACUUGUGGUACUCCAAAUUAUGUCGCACCAGAGGUACUCAAUGGAAAAUUUCAGAAUACAAAUCCUCAAAGAAACACAGGUUCUUACAGCACAGGUGAAGAGUGUUGAGGACCAUGGCUACAUUCUUCAUUUUGGAGUCCCAUUGUUCACUGGGUUUCUCCCUAGGAGUGGUCAAGUAUACAAUAGCAAUGAUGGGAUAUGGUCCUGAAGACAGAAGUGCAGUGUUGGAAUUAACCUACAACCAUGUAGUGAAGGAAUAUGACAAAGACAAUGCAUAUGCACAGUAUACAAUAGCAAUGAUGGGAUAUGGUCCUGAAGACAGAAGUGCAGUGUUGGAAUUAACCUACAACCAUGGAGUGAAGGAAUAUGACAAAGACAAUGCAUAUGCACAGCUAGGAGAAUUCAAACUAGGAGAGUUACUGGACUCACCUCCCCCAGGACUGGAUGAAACAAUUGCAAUCUCAAAGGUUAUGCAAUUUGUUGAAUCACAAGAAUACAAUAUUUUUAGUCGUAUAGUAUGUGUUUGGAUCUGCACCAUCAUGGCUCUUAUGGCUAAGCGAGGUCGGCAUGAUAUAUAUAGCUCUGGCCUACAUCAAGCCUUUGAAAAAUACUUCAUUAGGAUGCCAAACAAGUGGAACUUCUCUUUCGAUUAUUUCUAUGCAGCUAUCAUUGCUCUUGGAAAUUACGUGCCAAGUAUGUAUCUGAUAUUUUCACAAUCUGUGUGGUUGUAUUGGUGUUCUCUAAUCCCUAAGAUUGUCUUCUUGUUGGCAGGGAGUGCUCUUGAUAUAGUUGUGAAUGUAUUCCUCUAAAAAAACAGAUUGCCAAUGUUUUAUGAAUUAUUGAUUAAAUGUGUUUGCUUUCAGCUGGGUGCUCAUCUCAAAACGCCUUAUUUUAUGAAACGUGAUAACAGUGAACUUA